AUGAUAGCGAAGGUGUUGAGGGUGACACAAGUGAUAGGAAAACGUCGAAUACGACCGAAUGUUUAUAUUCGUUUUAUAUCCACCAGAUCAGAUGAACGGCUGCCGUUUCUUUUCACCCCGAAUGUAGAUCAACAUCCAGGUAUCAAUGGAUCCAAGCUACAAGAACAGUACUCUCAGUACUAUAGAAAUGCAUUGACGUUCAAGAAUCCUAAUUAUUACUACAGAGAUUUAGAAUUUGAAGAUAUGGAUGAUGUGGAAAUAAACAGUACGCCGGCUGAAGAUUUUGGGGUGAUUCUUGAUCGGAAUUUGAAUUCUGUUCCUGUGCCUGGAUCAGUUGUUGAAUUCAUACACCCUACCACAUUGGAAGUAAAGUUCGGUGUCGUAAUACGAGAAUCUCAGGCUCGAUUUGAUGAAAGUUUGAAUAGACUUGUUGUGCUUAUGCCCGAUAAUGAAGUGGUUCAAAUAUCGCCCAUGGAUGUCAAUUUCCAUUGUCAUAGUUUGAUCUAUGGUGAUUUUGAAACAAUAUACGAGAACAUAAUGCAUACUGAUAUAGAUGAUCGACUUUAUGUUAUACUGGCAAUGCACAAGUUCAUCCAUGACAGUCACAUAAUGAAGAAAUUGUUUGAAGACAAGUUGGAUAGGUUAUUCUUUCAAUUUGCAACUAGCCGGAUCCGUGCUUUGUCGUUUGCACAUUUGAUCGACGCUACUCAGUUUCCAGAACAUAUGAUUGACGUGAUUAAGGAAUCCCGGUGGAAUCAGUGUGCCUUGUUUAUGGGCCUUCAUUUGAACUUGGUGAAUUCUUGUCGAUGGAUAGUACCAAAGUAUAUUCCUGCUAAUAAAGGAUCAAACAUUUUCAAUGAAGAGCAUUCAAAUAAUUAUGUUUCCAGACCAAUUUAUUUGGUUAAUACUGAAGAUAACUGGAUUGCCAUAUCGAAAUUUCUUGACGAUAUGAAAACUGAAAAUGGAUUUCAUAAUUUAAACCACGAAUUUAGCUCCUUUUAUAAGCAUCAAACGAGCAAAUUGGCAGUCGAGGGAGAUAAGUUAAAUGCUGCAUUGUCAACCUCUACCCAUCGUCAUUUUGCGCAUGUUAUUGAAAUGUUAAAGUUCAUGGUGAUAUACCCUCAUGAUACGCUUCUUACAGAAAUAAAGAAAUUGGAUCUAUUCAAAAACGUGGAAACUGCUAGUGAUAUCUAUAAUAUACUUGAAGAAUUGAAAAUAUUUAAACAUGGUCAAGCAUCUGAUGUUUUAGUCGAACUGGGUAUACUAGGUGAAGUUAACAAAAGCAAAGAAGUGCAUGAAGUGCUUGGAUCUGACAAUUUCAGACAUUUACGUGGGAAGGGAUUUAGCCGAGAUCUAGUUGUCUAUGGACUCAAUCUUAAUUAUCCUUCCAAUUCUCAAACUCCUACAAUUGGUGUAUCCCUUGAGAAAAUCCUACGAGACGAGCAUAUCCUCCGGAUUCACAUUCCUGAUCCGAUCACGUUUCAUUCACCUACAAGUAAACCCAUGCGGAAAGCUUUUCAUCCUGAAUAUGGUUUUGUUUCCGGGAUGGAUCAUUUAAUUAACAAUCAGCACUGGUUCCCACUUUUUCCCAACAAGGGAUUUCCUAGUUGGCACGAUAAAACGGCAAAAAAUGUUGAAACUAGUAAUUUUUCUACAUGUAUGACGGUGUCAUUCAAGUAUAACCCCUUGGCAGAUGACCCAUUUCAGGAUUUACAACUGUUGGUUUCUGUUAGAAUGGAUAAUAUUCUAUCUUGCAAUAUCAAGAAAUUGGAUGAUAAAGAAUUGGAGAAAUGUUUGGCAGGGGUGAGGAUUGCUCCUGAUGUGGUUAGUUGGCUUGAAGGAACUUCAGAACGGACGAGUAACUUGACUUUAAAUGAUCAAGAGACUAUUCGAGGGAUUUACAGCAUCAUGCAAAGAUUCUUUAAGCGAAGAAGUAUUCAUAAUGCAUCACCUCCUGAUCCAUUGCAAACUCCGUCAAGCAUAGAUUCUUCCAAUUUGUCACAUGGAUUAGUGACUACUGUGAAGAAUGAUUUCAGCUUUAUGUUAGAGGAAGAAUCUGCGGAGCAAGUAAAGAAAGAUACUUCAGUUACCGCAUAUAAAGUCACUAACCACUGGCCCAAUACACAUGAAUCGCAUUUUCUCAUCAAUGAGCUACGCGUAUUGGUAGGUACACUUGUUUCCGAGUAUUGCAUUGACAAGAACAUCCCAAUUUUACGUCGGGCUCAACAUCUCAACACUGGCGACUUUCCUGAAGACAAAGUGAUUGUUCCUCAUCGUACUGUUCUUCAAAAAUCGUACGACGCAACUUCGUAUUCGUACAUGCUUUAUUCCAAGAACUCCAAGGGAUACAUGACUCCACAGAACGUGUUGGUCAGUAAAUCAUUCCUUGCUCCUGAGAGUAUCACAUUUAGAGAUGUGGAAGAUAAAGAGAAUAUUGUGCUUGGACUAGACAACGGAUGGGCUAAUAUUGUCGAUGUGUAUAGCAAGGGAGAAGCCGUUGUGAAUCAACUUCAAAUAUUGAUGUCAUUACAGUAUACGUUCCAAAGAGCAGCGAUACGUCGAGGUGCAUCGCUUAUUGCUGUCAAUGAGAAGUUUUCUAAUCUUAGAAGACUAGGGUACGAGACUAACGGUGCAUUUCCGGAAAGGGUACUUGCUGGGCAAAUUGAGAAUAUUAUCAAUGGAGAUAAUGAUUCCAAGUAUGUCAUGCAGACUAUUAAAAAGUAUUGGACUUUGAGAUGUCUACAGCAGGAUGUGAGAAAAGUGCAAGAGUUUGAAUGUAUGAUUACCAAAGUAGGUGUGAGUAUGAUGCCAGGGGUGAUAUUGUCGAAGGGAUAUUGCGUAGAAUUGGAUAUUGAAGUGGAUGUAUUGACGGAUGUGCCUAACCAAUAUGUAGGUAUGCCAAUACUGUGUAACCAAGUAGUAUGGAUGGACCCAGUAGGAGGUGCUUGUUUGCUUAAAGACAAGAAGUUGGUUAUUGAUGAUAAGUUAUGA